AAAUGUCUUAAAUUUAAUUUUAUAUAUUAAACAUAUUAAAAUAUUAUAUAUUUUAUAUAAAACAUGUCUUAAAAUGUCUGGAAUUUUAGGAGGGGAGGCAUUAAAUUAUACCUGAGGAAAAGUAAGGAAUCUGAAAUAUGUAAGCAAGUUGUAUGAUUAAAUAACCAUGAAAUAAAAACAAGAUAGACUGCAAAACACUAAAAUAUAAUCACAGGCCUUUUUGUACUUCUAAUUCAUAACUACUGUUUUCUUAUCUUUUGUUUUAUUGUUGGUUACUUUUCUUCCUGAAAUCACACUUCACACUCCAGACCAGUAGGUGGGGGUAAUGCACCUUCAGUUGGUCCUGCAUCCUCCAUAAACCUGGUAGAAGAAGAAGAAGUAGGGUCUCAGAUUAGGACGCUGCGCUGUAGAAACUGGUCGCUAAAUUCAGCUAAGAAUCAGCUGCAUUAACUAGUAGCUCCAUAUCUACUAGCUUUACUGAAGCCUCCAUUUACCUCCAGUAUAUGUUUAACUUCUCUUAUUAUGAUAGGUAGAUUAGAAGAUCCAGCUCUGAUCAGCAGCAGCUCCACACCUCUGUACUCAGACUGAUCUGCUGGAGGAACACCAUCAGCUCACCUGCUGCAGAAAUAAAUACCGUCCUGUUGCAAGUCUUCUCCUGCUUCUGGUGUCACCUGCAUACCUGGAUAAAAUUUUGCUUGACAAAUACAGAUUCCAAAGAUUUAACAAAGAUAUUAAGCUGCUGGACGAAGGGGAGAACAUGGAAUCCAUAGAAAUCUCCAAUACUCAGCCAACAUCCUCUCCUACACCUAGCAGACAAAUGCAGAAAAGCACAGGCAAGAAAAUUCACCACUGUUCAGACUGUGGGAAGAGUUUUAAUUAUCAAAGGGAUCUACAACACCACAAGCGGGUUCACACUGGAGAGAAACCAUAUUAUUGUUCAGACUGUGGAAAGAGUUUUACUACACAGAGUAAUCUUAAAACACAUAAGCGCAUUCACACAGGAGAAAAACCGUAUCACUGCUCAGACUGUGGGAAGAGUUUUGCUACACAGGGUCAUCUUCAAGAACACCAGCCCAUUCACACAGGAGAAAAACCAUAUUAUUGCUCAGAUUGUGGAAUGAGUUUUGCUACACAGAGUCGUCUCAAAAAACACCUACACAUUCACACUGGAGAGAAACCGUAUCACUGCUUAGAGUGUGGGAAGAGUUUUACUACACAGGGUAAUCUCCAACAACACCAGCGCAUUCACACUGGAGAAAAAACAUAUUAUUGCUUAGAUUGUGGGAAGAGUUUUAAUCAACAGAGUAAUCUCAAAACACACCAGCGCAUUCACACUGGAGAGAAACCGUAUCACUGCUUAGAGUGUGGGCAGAGUUUUACUACACAGGGUCAUCUCCAACAACACCAGCUCAUUCACACAGGAGAAAAACCGUAUCACUGCUCAGACUGUGGAAAGAGUUUUAAUACACAGGGUUAUCUCAAAACACAUCAGCGCAUUCACAUUGGAGUAAAACCAUAUCAGUGUUCAGACUGUGGAAAGAGUUUUAAUACACAGAGUAAUCUCAAAACACAUCAACGCGUUCACACUGGAGUGAAACCCUAUCACUGCUCAGACUGUGGGAAGAGUUUUACUUCACAGCGUUAUCUCCAAACGCACCAGCACAUUCACACAAUCCCCUCAGAUGAUCCUGGUCAGGUUUCUGGGUUCCUCUGUCAGAGAUAAAGUGCACAGGGCAAGAAGGAAGGAGAAGUGCUUGAAUGGGAGGGAUGUAUUCUAAUCCCUGGUAUGUCCAAAGAACUGGUGCAAAAAAAAAGAGAAUCGUCCACCAAUGUGAGGAGGCUGCUGUGAGAGUGUUAUAUUUGGUUGAUGCUGGAAUUCCCAGUAAAAUUACUACCUAAGUUCUGAGCCAUUUAUUUACAAUAUUUUUAUUUUAAAAUGCAUUUUAGUCCAUGAAUAAUUAAUACUGUCACUUUUAAAUUUGUGUUAAGCAUUAACGACUUGAUUAUUAUGUGUAUUUUGGAUAGUAUAGUGGUUACUGUUUGAUUUUUGAUUAUACUUCACAGCUAAACAUCUGAGCUAAAUAAUAUAAAUGUGGAAAUAAACUUGUAAGUAAUUUUUCAA